AUGGGUGUCGCACUGCGGCUGGCCGUUCUGCUGCUCCUGCUGCUCCUGCUGUGGGGCCUGGGGCAGCCCGCAUGGCCGGCAGCCACAGCUGUGGCCCUGCGGUGGAUCCUGGGGGACCCCGCAUGCUGCGUGCUGCUCGGCCUGGCCGUGCUGGCGCAGCCCUGGCUCAGGCUCUGGAUGCCCCACUGGCUGAGCCUGGCGGCUGCGGCCCUCACACUGAUUCUGCUGCCAGCCCGAUUGCCUCCGGGGCUACGCUGGCUGCCUGCCGACGUGGCCUACGUGGCCAGAAUCUUCUUCCAGGGCUUGAGCAUCAGGAUGCGCGUGAGCCGACAGCCGCCCGACACCUUUGUGGAUGCCUUUGAGCGGCGAGUGCGAGCACAGCCUGGCCGCAAGUUCUUGGUGUGGACAGGGCCCGGGGCCUGCACGGUCACCCUCGGCGAGCUGGAUGCUCGGGCCUGCCGGGCAGUGUGGGCACUGAAGGCCACGCUGGGCAGCCUUGAGGAUCUGUGUGCCGGGGAGCCCGUCGCCCUCUUGGUGCUGGCCUCCCAGGUCGUCCCAGCUCUGGGUUUCUUGCUGGGGCUAGCCAAGCUAGGCUGCCCAGUGGUCUGGAUCAAUCCGCAUAGCCGAGGGAUGCCCCUGGCUCACUCCGUGCUGAGCUCUGGGGCCCGGGUGCUGGUGGUGGACCCAGACCUCCGGGAGAGCCUGGAGGAGAUCCUUCCCAAACUGCAGGCUGAGAACAUCCGUUGCUUCUACCUCAGCCACACCACCCCAACGGAGGGGGUAGGGGCUCUGGGAGCUGCCCUGGAUACUGCAUCCUCUGACCCAGUACCUGCUGACCUACGUGCUGAGAUCAAACGACAAAGCCCUGCUCUAUUCAUUUACACCUCCGGGACCACCGGUCUCCCAAAGCCAGCAGUCCUCACGCAUGAGCGGGUACUACAGAUGAGCAAAAUGCUAUCCUUCUGUGGGGCAACAGCUGAUGACGUGGUCUACGUGUUCCUGCCUCUGUACCACACAAUGGGCCUUGUCCUUGGGUUCCUCGGCUGCUUGGAGCUCGGAGCCACCUGUGUCCUGGCCCCCAAGUUCUCUGCCUCCUGCUUCUGGAAUGACUGUCGGCAGCAUGGCGUGACAGUGAUCCCGUAUGUGGGCGAGGUCUUGCGAUACCUGUGUAAUGCUCCCCAGAAACCAGAGGACCGGACACAUACAGUCCGUCUGGUGGUGGGCAAUGGACUUCGGGCAGAUGUGUGGGAGACCUUCCAGAAGCGCUUCGGUCCCAUUCAGAUCUUGGAAAUCUAUGGCUCUACGGAGGGCAACAUUGGCUUCAUGAACUAUCUAGGGCGCUGUGGGGCCCUGGGCAGGAUGAGCUGUCUCCUUCGAAUGCUGAUCCCCUUUGAACUGGUACAAUAUGACCCAGAGACAGAGGAGCCUGUGAGAGACAAUCAGGGCUUCUGCAUCCCUGUGGGGCCAGGGGAGGCGGGGCUCCUGUUGUCUCAGGUGCUAGGCCGUAACCCCUUCGUGGGCUACCGCGGCCCCCGGGAGCUGUCGGAACGGAAGUUGGUGCGGAACGUGCGGCGCACGGAUGACGUUUACUUCAACACCGGGGAUGUACUAGCCAUGGACCGCGAAGGCUUCCUGUACUUCCGUGACCGCCUCGGGGACACAUUCCGGUGGAAGGGUGAGAACGUGUCGACGCGGGAGGUGGAAGGCGUGUUGUCACUGGUGGAUUUCCUGCAGGAGGUUAACGUCUAUGGCGUGUCUGUGCCAGGGUGUGAGGGUAAGGUGGGUAUGGCUGCCGUGCAGCUGGCUCCCGGCCAGACUUUCGACGGGCAGAAGCUGUACCUACACGUCCGCUCUUGGCUCCCUACUUACGCUACUCCCCAUUUCAUCCGUGUCCAGGAAGCUCUGGAGGUCACGGGCACGUUCAAACUGGUUAAGUCCCGGUUGAUGCGUGAGGGAUUCAACGUGGGUGUCAUCGUUGACCCCCUGUUCAUACUGGACAACCGGGCCCAGGCCUACCGGCCCCUGACGGUAGACGUGUACCGGGCUGUGUGUGAGGGAACCUGGAAGCUCUGACCACCUGGCCAGCGCACAGGACAUCUGAAGGGGCAGAAACCAACACCGGUCACCACCCCCACUCAGUGUCACCUCCACCACGCACCUGCAUGAGAUUGUCAUGAAUCCCAGACUGGCCCUGUCCCCAGCCGCACAGGGCUGGAAAUGACACUGGACCCAGUAGUAGAGCGUGAAUAAACUCGAACGUGUACACAAA